CUGGACAACGUUCGGUAGGAGAAUAUACACGCGUGCAGGAGAAGGGUUACUGGCAAAGAAGCAACUUAUACCAGACCAAAAGCUCACCUGCAGAAUAGAGCGGCAUCACAUUUACCAAAAUCAUCCCAGAAUGGCGGAUCCAUGGAAGGAACGCUCACAAAUACUCAGUCCUCCAUUGCGGGCUAAUAAUGCGUCAUACCUUUCCACAAUUCCACCCCGGCUAAGCAAGUACGCACGGCUCGCGGAUGAUGCGACGAUCCAAUUCCAUCUCGACACAGUCGGCGUAGACAACAUUGGCAUCGUGGAUGGAAAUUUGACGCCAUGUGGAAAUCUGGCCGCGAUGAUGUACCCCGACGCGUUGCCAGACAGACUUGGCGUGGUGGCAUACAUGCUGGAGGCAGCGUUCUUUUGGGAUGAUUUGAAUUGUCCAGAACCAGACGAGUCGACAGUCAAAGACUCUGUAUCGAACUCCCGCAGAGAAGCGCAUAUGAAGGGUCCUGUAUGGAAGGAAAAGAUGAAGCAGGCGUUUUCCAAGGCCGUUAAAGGAUUCAUCACCGUUGACCCAGUAAUGGGCUCUGACGUCCUACGUACAUGGAAUACCUGGCGAGCAGCAGAAAUGGAUAUCCAUGGUAGGUUUGAUCAGUACAGUACACUUGACGAGUAUGUGGAAGAUAGGAUCCAUGAUCUGGCUUAUCCUUGUGCCAUGGAAUUCGGGAAAUUUGCAUCCAAUCUCAAACUGACAUUUGACGAGGAGGAGUCAGUGCAGCAUGGCAUUUGGCCUCUAAAACCACACGGCGUUUACUGCAACGAUUAUCAUUCCUGGGAUAAAGAGCUAAAGGCCCAUGAAGAUAGCGAUGGGAAAAUCCCCAUAAUCAACGCUGUGGUAAUACUACAACGUCUCCAUGGACUUUCUGUCGACGAGGCCAAAGUAUAUCUUAAAAACAAAUGCUUCGAACUUGAUAGAGAAUAUCAUCGCCGGAAGGAGAAGUUCAUCACAACGACGGAAGAUGGAAUAUCUCCUUCGGUGCUGAGACUUCUUGAUCACUGCGAGCAGACUACUACCGGACAUACCAUGUGGGUAAUGCAGUCCUAUCGCCAUAAGGCCCCUGGUGGUGAUGGAUACCGCGAGUACUAUGCCAGCCGUCUCAGAGAAGGGGCAGACUUUUCCAAUGGUGCCAAAGCUAAGGAUACAAAGACCGUGCAAGAGGCCCAGUACUGUGAGCUGACGAUGAGAGUGGGAGAUGGUAUUGAUAAUAUACAGCGUGAUGAUGAUUGUGCAGCUUAAGAAUCUUCAUCAAAGUCGUCGAAUGGGAAAUGAUCUCUGGCAGUGAUGGCAUCUUGCUCUGUCUCUGCCAAUUCAAUCGUCUUCUCCUUAAUCUGACCAACUUUUUCUUUGGCUGCUUCAUAAUCCUCAUUCUGGACCCAGCCUAUUAUAUCAAUCCCGAUGCCAUUUCGCAUGUAGUCCAUCGCGGAA